CCGGAAGUAAACAAGCCGCUAGCAGCAUCGUUAGCUUUCCUCGUGUGAGGACGGAGCAGGAAGACGGUUGUGUUGUCGUCUCUCAGCUGAAUAUUUCAGUGUUUCAGCAACAAUGUCUUCAGUUCAGCAUCUGAGAGAGUUUAUCAGCGAGCGACUAACUGCUGCUGCUGAAGAAAUAUUCACAGAGUUUGAAAAAACCAUCGUCCAGUACGAAGAAGAGAUCGAUCGUCAGCGCAGACUGCUGGAUAUCACCUGGAAUCCACAGAUAAAGUUAAUCAGAACAGUGGUUCCACAUCAAUAUGUCUACAAGGUGGAUGAAGCUCUUCAAGAUGACCAGCAGCUGUGCAACCAGAACUCAAACCUGGACCAGGAGCAACCAGAGUCUGCUCGUAUUAAAGAGGAAGAGGAGGAACUCCUCAGCAGUCAGGAGGAAGAGCAGCUUUGGCUGAAGGAUGAAACUGAUCAGUUUUCAAUACCGGCUGCUCAUGAGGAAGAUGGUCACAGUGAUCCAGAACCAAACAGGGACCAUACUCCCUCUUAUAGCCCUCUUGGAGACCACCAUUCACCUUUAGAGGAAAGCAUGGUUGAAGGUUCAGGACCAACAACGUGUGCAGAUACACAGCCAGAAAAGAGCUGUCUAACUGAGACAAAUAAGAACGUAGGAGAGUCCUUUCUGUUAGAAAGUCAUUGUAAUGACAACACUGCUGAGAAGCUGCACUUUUGUUACACCUGUGGAAAAAGAUUUGUUAACCUAAAAUCUCUUCAAAAACAUAAAACAGUCCACAGAGAUGAGAGACAACAUUGCUGCAAGUUCUGUGGGAAACAAUUUAAAAUUAAAAGUAAGUUAACUGGUCAUCUAAGACAUCACACAGGAGAGAGACCGUACUCUUGUCAAACAUGUGGGAAAUGUUUCAGUCACCAGGGUGCUUUGGUGCGCCACAUGAGAAUUCACUCAGGAGAGAAGCCAUAUUCUUGUCAAACCUGUGGGAAAUGUUUCAGUCAAAAUACUUAUUUGGUGCGCCACAUGACAACUCACACAGGUGAGAAGCCGUAUUCUUGUCAAACAUGUGGAAAAUGUUUCAAUCACCAGGGUACUUUAGUGUACCACAUGAGAAUUCACACAGGUGUGAAGCCAUUUUUCUGUCCAACAUGUGAAAAAUGUUUCGGUCGCCGGGGUACUUUAGUGCGCCACAUGAGAAUUCACACAGCUGAGAGGCUGUAUUCUUGUCCAACAUGUGGAGAAUGUUUCAAACAAAAUGAUGAUUUAAAGUACCACAUGAGCUCUAACAGAGGAUGUCAAAAGCCACCUUCUAUAUGUGGAAAAUGAUUCAGUCUAAAUCACGUGUGAAACGUAAGGCCCACGGGCCACAUCCGGGUCGUGAAUGAACUAUCUUUGUUCUGCAUGAUCACAUCUAAUCACUAUUAGAGCUGGUCUGCUGAUACAGCACAUGUACCACCAUAAUACUACAAGUCCCACAAUGCACUGCCAGUACAUUUACAAUCACAGGCCCGCGAGCGAGUACCUCACCGAGUCUCCAGAAACCUGACGGAGCUGCUCACCUUUGUCAACAACCCCUCUCCCCAGAAAAUGGCUAAAGGAAAAGUGGACUUUGUAAACAGAGAAUAUGUUUGUGGAUGUAAAGGACAAAGCUGUGUGUCUUCUGUGUGGAGACAGAGAGGCUGGAAUGAAGGAAUACAACGUAAGAAGACACCUUGAAAUGAAGCACCACCACAAAUACAAGCAUCUGGAAACAAAGACUCCAGAAGUAGAAGAGGUUUUAACCCUUUAGACUCCAGAGUUUUUAGAAGUUUGUAAGGGAAACUGAGAAGAAAUGUUUUUGAGUUUGAGUAGUAGC